AUGCAGUCGGAAGGAAAGGACAAGAGCGCCAACCCUAUGCGCGAGCUGCGCAUCCAGAAGCUCGUGCUCAACAUCUCUGUCGGCGAGUCUGGUGACAGACUUACUCGCGCUGCUAAGGUGCUCGAGCAGCUGAGCGGUCAGACUCCGGUCUACAGCAAGGCCCGUUACACCGUCCGUACCUUCGGUAUCCGCCGUAACGAAAAGAUCUCCGUCCACGUCACCGUCCGUGGCCCCAAGGCCGAGGAGAUCCUCGAGCGUGGCCUCAAGGUCAAGGAGUACGAGCUCCGCAAGCGCAACUUCUCCGAGACCGGUAACUUCGGUUUCGGUAUCUCCGAGCACAUCGAUCUCGGUAUCAAGUACGACCCCGGAAUCGGUAUCUACGGCAUGGACUUCUACUGCUGCAUGACCCGCCCCGGUGAGCGUGUUGCCAAGCGCCGCCGCUGCAAGGCCAGAGUCGGUUCCCAGCACCGCAUCAACCAGACCGAGACCAUCAAGUGGUUCAAGAACCGCUUCGACGGUAUCGUCCGGUAA